AUGGUUAUCGAUUACAGACGUCUAAACGACAUAACUGUGGACGAUAAGUACCCUUUACCCAAUAUCACUGACAUUUUUGACAAACUAGAUCAAAAAUAUAUUGAUGCGUUUCAGAAGUGUAAGGAGCUUCUGACUAAUGCACCUUUACUCCAAUACCCAGAUCCAGACAAACCUUAUGUUUUAACUACAGAUGCCUCUACUGUUGCUUUAGGUGCGGUCUUAUCGCAGGGGACAAUAGGAUCCGAUAAGCCCAUUGCCUACGCCAGUAGAACUCUCAGCGACACUGAGACCAGAUAUAGUACAAUAGAGCGUGAACUACUCGCCAUAAUAUGGGCCGUAAAACAUUUUAGACCAUACCUUUACGGGCAUAAAGAAAAGAUGUGGCCUAUAUUAAUGCAAUUUUUACGUACAAAUGCUCCAUACAUUACUUUACCAAUUGCAGCAGUAGUUGGUAUCAUAGGAUACAAUCUUGAGAGCUUAUUAUCGGAUAGAUAUACCCCAUACAAUAAGUCUGUCCAAGAUCAGAGAUUAGAUAGACUAACAUCUGAAGAGGAAAUUUUAAAUGAUCCAACAAAUGUCAAGAAACUAAAAUAUCAAGAGAAUGUUCUUGGAAAGAACGUUUCGCCAUCUUUAGAGAAAAACUAG